UUUAAGCAAAUCAUUAAAAGAUUAUACAAAAAAAAUUUAUCUGAAAUAUCGUAAUAAUCUCGAUUCAUAUUGAAGACGUGACGUUUCAAAGAGAGAAAUCAAAAAAGUUGACCUCGAAUAACGAGCAAUUUAUGGUUAUGAGACGCUCACUAGCGAGGAAUAAUAAUUUCAGCUAAAAUAAUGAGAUACAAACAGAGAAAUGAUCUUUGGAUAUGAUUUCAGAAUGAUUAUGAAAUGCAGUACGUAAAAAAUUUACCUUAGUCUUGAGAAACAACGUUAUAUAAGAUUAAGAAUAUAACCAUCGACAAUAUGAGAAAAUAUUACCAAGCUGCUUUAGCUGUUACAGCAGUAGUAAGCCUCAUAUCUCUGCUCAUCUAUAGACAUGAAUAUAACAAGUUGAGGUAUGUCUUAGAAGUUUUUAAUUAUUUCGGGAAACCUGGGCCAAGAACAGCAGAUGCAGGUUGUACGAACUUUAAUACAACUUUCACCAUAUUCAAUACAAAAUUCGAUGAACCGAUUCCUUCUUGGCAACGCCUAGAGGAUGAUUUGUAUAUAUAUUCUGCAUACAGCAUCAAUGAAAAGGAAAUACGGGUAGUUGGACUUGGGACCAUAAACAGUGUCUCAAAUAUGCAAUGCCUUGUCUUCUUUGAAAAUGAGAGUAAACCUAUACUGGGGAGUUUUAGAUUUAUUCCCAUUGGCAAUGCAAUUACUUUAAGUUUAGGAGAAAAUUCAAGAUAUGGAGGAUAUCAUUUUGUUUGUACAUACAUUAGUGAUGAAACCCCCACUGGAAUAACAUUUGUUACAAAGUCUAACAAAUAUCUUAAUUAUGCACCUAUUUUUCCCAUAAAAAUACAGCCACGGAGCUUAAGCCACAGUAGGAUAGGAGUGUGUUUGACACAAUCAUCAAUGAAACCAACAAAAUCAAUAGAUAUGAUAGGUUUCAUCAGCUUCCAUGCAUUGAUCGGUAUGGAUAAUUUCAUCAUAUAUGAUUCUGGAAUUUCAAAUGAAUUUAAUAGUAGACUAAAAGAAAUGGCAAACGAUCCAACUUCUUUUUGGAAAUUUACAUAUACCGUUAUACCAUGGAACUUCCCUUUCAUGGAGAUUGAUCAAAAUAUCAUAAGAGAAAUCAUUGAAACAGAUUGUUUAUAUCGUACAUACAACAAAGUUGCUUAUGUUAUUGCUCUCUCAUGGAACGAGUAUGUAAACUUGAAGUACCAUCAUGCAAUGAUCGAUUUGUUGGCAGAUUUCAAACAAACUAAAUUAAUAGCCGAUCGCUACAAGCUCAAAACUAUGACUUUUUGUACGCAGCAAGUUGACAAUAAACAAUAUGCCAAUUCUACACUGACAGUAUUGAAGAAAACUAGAACUGAUAUAAACGCUCUGAAAAAUCGUUCUAUUUACAUACACAAGCCAUACGUAUCAUUGCAGAAUUCUCAUGUGUAUGUAAAAGAGAUAGGAAAUGAUUUGGUUGCUGUGAAUCAAUACAUGUAUUGUGAUAAUUAUAAAGAGAAUCAAGAAGUAGAAGAUGUCACAAUUUUGAGAUUUGCCCAAGAUAUACAAAACUCGUCAAUCCUUAGAAAAUAUCUUGGACUUUACAAACUGCUUGAUGCGGAUAUAAAGUGAUAUGGAAUUUUAUGUGACUAAUAUUAAAUUAAUAUUUGCACAAGCUUGGAUAGUGCUCCACUUGCAUACUAUUUCAUUCAUACAUAUAUAGAUAUUUCAUAAUUAUAUGCCGUCUUUCAUAUUAGGUGCCUUAAUCAUCAUAGUUAUACAACUAGUCAUAACAUUAUCAGCUAUUUUAAUAUUUUGUACACAUUUCAAGUUUUAAACUUAAGCUGUAAUAAAGCAUUCCUACUUGUUACUUCCAA